CCCAUCGACGCCGAGACGGGCGCCGUGGUCACCGCCCGCAGCCUGGACCGCGAGACGAAGGACACCCACGUGCUGAAGGUGACCGCCGCCGACCAUGGCUCCCCGCGCCGCCGCUCGGCCACCACCUAUCUGACGGUGACCGUCAGCGACACCAACGACCACGAGCCGGUGUUUGAGCAGCCCGAGUACCGGGAGAGCAUCCGGGAGAACCUGGAGGUGGGUUACGAGGUGCUGACCAUCCGCGCCACCGACGGUGACGCCCCGGCCAACGCCAACAUGCUUUACCGCUUGCUGGAGCCAGGAGCCGGCGACGGGGUCUUUGAGAUCGACCCGCGCUCCGGGGUGGUCAGGACCCGAGCCCCGGUGGACCGCGAGGAGGUCUCCGAGUAUCACCUGGUGGUGGAAGCCAACGACCAGGGCAAGGAUCCGGGACCACGCAGCGCCACGGCCAUGGUGCACAUCACCGUUGAGGACGAGAACGACAACUACCCUCAGUUCAGCGAGAAGCGCUACCUGGUCCAGGUGCCGGAGGACGCCCCGGUGAACAGCCAGGUACUGCAGGUGCAGGCCACGGAUCGGGACCGGGGCAGCAACGCUCAGGUGCACUACAGCAUCGUGAGCGGCAACCUGAAAGGCCAGUUCUACAUCCACUCUUUCUCCGGCGCCAUCGACCUGAUCAACCCUCUGGAUUAUGAGACCAUCCGGGAGUACACGCUCCGGAUCAAGGCCCAGGACGGGGGCAGGCCUCCCUUGAUCAACUCCAGUGGCAUGGUGUCGGUGCAGGUCGUGGACGUGAAUGACAAUGCCCCCAUCUUCGUGAGCACUCCCUUCCAGGCCACGGUGCUGGAGAACGUUCCUCUGGGCUACUCGGUGCUGCACAUCCAGGCUGUGGACGCUGACUCCGGGGAGAAUGCCCGCCUGGAGUACAAACUCAUAGAGAUGGCACCCUCCGCCGGAGGUGCCCCCGUAGCGGGUGACUCCGGGUUCCCUUUUCAGAUCAACAACAGCACGGGGUGGAUCACGGUGGCCGCAGAGCUGGACCGAGAGACUGUGGAGAACUAUCACUUCGGGGUGGAGGCCAGGGACCACGGCGUGCCAGUCAUGACCUCCUCAGCCAGCGUGUCCAUCACUGUCCUGGACGUGAAUGACAACAACCCCACCUUCACGGAGAAGGUGUAUCACCUCAGGCUGAACGAGGACGCGGCCGUGGGCAGCAGCGUCCUGACCCUGACAGCCGUGGACAGGGAUGUUAACAGUGUUGUGACUUACCAGAUCACCAGUGGCAACACCAGGAACCGUUUCGCCAUCACCAGUCAGAGUGGAGGGGGGCUGAUCACGCUGGCCUUGCCCCUGGAUUACAAGCAGGAAAGGCAGUAUGUGCUCACAGUCACUGCCUCUGACGGCACCCGCUUUGACACCGUCCAGGUCUUCAUCAACGUCACGGAUGCCAACACACACCGCCCGGUCUUCCAGAGCUCCCACUACACGGUGAGCGUCAGUGAGGACAAGCCCGUCGGCACUUCCAUUGUCACCAUCAGCGCCACCGAUGAGGACACAGGGGAGAACGCGAGAAUCACUUACAUUUUGGACGAUAACAUCCCCCAGUUCCGCAUCGACCCUGACACAGGCACCAUCACCACCCUGAUGGAGCUGGACUAUGAGGACCAGGCCUCCUACACGUUGGCCAUUACAGCCCACGACAACGGCAUCCCUCAGAAGUCAGACACCACAUACGUCGAGAUCCUCAUCCUGGAUGCCAACGACAAUGCGCCCCACUUCCUGCGCGACCGCUACCAGGGCUCGGUUUUCGAGGAUGUGCCGCUCUCCACCAGCGUCCUGCAGCUGUCUGCCACCGACCGCGACUCAGGCCUCAAUGGCCGUCUCCUCUACACGUUCCAAGGUGGUGAUGACGGAGAUGGAGACUUCUACAUCGAACCCACUUCUGGAGUGAUACGCACGCUGCGCAAGCUGGACCGUGAGAAUGUGGCUGUUUACAGCCUGCGGGCCUUUGCUGUGGACAGGGGCAGCCCACCGCUGAAAGCCUCUGUGGAUAUCCAGGUGACUGUGCUGGACAUCAACGACAACCCCCCUGUCUUUGAGAAGGACGAAUUUGACAUCUUUGUGGAGGAGAACAGCCCUGUGGGCUCCAUUGUGGCGCGUAUCAGUGCAGCCGACCCCGACGAGGGGACUAACGCACAGAUCAUGUACCAGAUUGUAGAGGGGAACAUCCCCGAGGUCUUCCAACUGGACUUGCUCAAUGGAGACCUCACGGCCCUGAUGGACUUGGAUUAUGAGAGCCGGACAGAGUACGUGAUCGUGGUGCAGGCCACUUCGGCCCCUCUUGUGAGCCGAGCAACCGUGCACAUCCGCCUCCUGGACCAGAACGAUAACCCUCCCAUGCUGCAGGACUUCCAGAUCCUCUUCAAUAACUAUGUGACCAACAAGUCCAAUAGCUUCCCCUCUGGUGUGAUAGGCAAGAUCCCAGCUCACGACCCGGACGUGUCUGACAGCCUGGCCUACACCUUUGUGCAAGGCAAUGAAUUAAACUUGCUCCUUUUGGACUCUGCCACUGGGGAACUCAAACUCAGUCGCGAUCUGGACAACAACAGGCCUCUGGAAGCCCUCAUGAAGGUGUCGGUCUCAGAUGGUGUCCACAGUGUCACAGCAGUCUGCACCCUGCGCGUCACCAUCAUCACGGACGACAUGCUCACCAACAGUAUCACGGUGCGGCUGGAGAACAUGUCCCAGGAGAGGUUCCUUUCUCCUCUCCUAUCCCGGUUCGUGGAGGGGGUGGCAACGGUGCUCUCCACCGCCAAGGACGGCAUCUUCGUUUUCAACAUCCAGAAUGACACAGAUGUCAGCUCCAAUAUCCUGAAUGUGACCUUCUCGGCUUUGCUGCCUGGUGGCAUUCGAAACAAGUUCUUCCCCUCAGAGGACCUGCAGGAGCAGAUCUACCUCAACAGGACCCUGCUGACCAUGAUUUCCACACAGAGGGUGCUGCCCUUCGAUGACAACAUCUGCUUGCGCGAGCCCUGUGAGAACUACAUGAAGUGUGUCUCCGUCCUGAAGUUUGACAGCUCGGCCCCGUUCAUCAGCUCCAACACCGUCCUGUUCCGCCCCAUCCACCCCAUCAACGGGCUGCGGUGCCGAUGCCCCCCAGGCUUCACGGGCGACUACUGCGAGACGGAGAUUGACCUCUGCUACUCCAACCCCUGUGGGAGCAAUGGGCUGUGCAGGAGCCGAGAAGGGGGCUACACUUGUGAAUGCUAUGAGGACUACACUGGAGAGUACUGUGAGGUGAACGCGCGCUCCGGCCGCUGUGCUCCGGGGCUGUGUAAGAAUGGAGGAACCUGCGUGAACCUGCUCAUCGGGGGCUUCAAGUGCGAGUGUCCUCCGGGCGAAUAUGAGCGGCCGUACUGCGAGAUGACCACCAGGAGCUUCCCACCACAGUCCUUCAUCACCUUCAAGGGGCUGCGGCAGCGCUUCCACUUCACCGUCUCCCUCAUGUUUGCAACCAGGGAGAGGAACGCUCUCCUCCUCUACAACGGGCGUUUUAAUGAGAAGCACGACUUCAUUGCCUUGGAGAUCAUCGAGGAGCAGAUCCAGCUCACGUUCUCUGCAGGGGAGACAACCACUACAGUGGCACCGUUCGUUCCUGGAGGGGUCAGCGAUGGGCAGUGGCACUCGGUCCAGGUGCAGUACUACAAUAAGCCCAACAUUGGGCGAUUAGGAAUUCCUCAUGGGCCUUCAGGAGAGAAGGUGGCCGUGGUGACUGUGGACGACUGUGACACAGCAGUGGCUGUGCGCUUCGGGAGCCUCAUUGGAAACUACACCUGUGCUGCCCAGGGGACUCAGACCGGCUCGAAGAAAUCUUUGGACCUAACUGGCCCUCUCCUCCUUGGCGGUGUCCCAAACUUGCCUGAAGAUUUCCCGGUGCACAACAGACAGUUCAUCGGCGAGGGGACCCUCUUAACGGAAGGCAAGCCGAUCGACAUGGCUAGUUUCAUCGCCAAUAACGGCACUCUGCCAGGCUGUGCAGCGCAGAGGAACUAUUGCGAAACCAGCUGGUGCCAGAACGGAGGCACAUGCGUCAACAAGUGGAACACGUACAUUUGCGAGUGCCCCGUGCGCUACGGAGGGAAAAACUGCGAGCAAGCAAUGCCUUCUCCUCAGCGUUUCACUGGUGAAGGCAUUAUCAUUUGGAGUGACCUUGACAUUACCAUUUCUGUGCCGUGGUACCUUGGGCUGAUGUUCAGAACCCGGAAAGUCAAUGGCAUGUUAAUGCAAGCCAAUGCUGGGGCUGCAUCCAAGAUCAACAUUCAGAUACUGAACAGCUACGUGCACUUUGAAGUGUACAGUGGCCUGAGCCAGGUUGCUAGUUUAAAGAUGAGCCAGUUGCGAGUCAGUGAUGGGGAAUGGCAUCAUUUAUUAAUAGAGCUGAAGAGUUCUAAAGAUGGUAAAGACAUCAAGUACCUCGCUGUCAUGUCCUUGGACUAUGGGAUGUACCAGAGCACUGUUCAAAUUGGCAACCAACUACCCGGACUGAAAAUGAAAAGCAUCGUUGUGGGAGGUGUCUCUGGAGACCAAGUGUCUGUUCAGCCGGGAUUUUAUGGUUGUCACCAGGGAGUGAGAAUGGGAGAGACAUCUACAAAUAUAGCCACGCUCAACAUGAAACAGGCUGUCAAGAUCAACGUGAAGGAAGGUUGCGAAGUGGAUAACCCUUGUGAUUCCAAUCCGUGUCCCCAGCACAGCUACUGCAGUGACGACUGGGACAGCUACUCCUGCGUCUGCGACCCAGGGUACUUUGGGAGAGACUGUGUUGAUGUAUGUAACUUGAACCCAUGUGAGCAUGUCUCCACGUGCGUGCACAAACCUAGCUCAUCCCAUGGCUACACCUGUGAAUGUGGACAAAGCUACUAUGGACAGUACUGCGAGAGCAAAAUUGACCUGCCUUGUCCCAGAGGCUGGUGGGGAAAUCCCAUCUGUGGUCCUUGUAAUUGUGAGACUAGCAAAGGGUUUGAUUCUGAUUGCAACAAGACCAAUGGAGAAUGCCACUGCAAGGCAAAUUACUACAGGCCCCAGAGCAGCGACACCUGCUACCCCUGCGACUGCUUCCCGUCCGGCUCCCACACGCGCGCCUGCGACGUGGAGACGGGCCAGUGUCCUUGCAAACCCGGCGUCGUGAUUUAUAAUGGCUGUCCAAAAGCUUUCGAGGCUGGUAUUUGGUGGCCACAGACCAAGUUUGGCCAGCCAGCUGCUGUGCCCUGUCCUAAGGGAUCAGUGGGAAAUGCAGUUCGCCAUUGUAGCAUUGAAAAGGGCUGGCUGCCUCCUGAGCUUUUCAACUGCACCACCAACACUUUUGUGGAUCUAAAAAUCGUGAAUGAGAAGUUACACCACAAUGAGACCAAGCUGGACGGAGACAAAACCAUACGGAUCGUGAGAGUGCUGCAGAAUGCCACCAAAUACACACACAGCUUGUAUGGCAAUGACGUGAGGACAGCUUACCAGGUGAUGAUCCGGGUCCUCCAAUAUGAGAGCCAGCAGCAAGGGUUUGACUUGGCAGCCACGAGGGACGUGGAAUUCAAUGAGAAUAUUAUCAAAGUGGGCAGUGCUCUACUGGACCCCAGCAACAAGGAGCACUGGGAGCAAAUUCAGCGAACGGAGGGUGGCACCGCUCACCUGCUCAGGCACUAUGAGGAAUAUUUCAACAACGUGGCCCAGAACAUGAAGAAAACCUACAUGAGACCUUUUGUCAUCGUUACCACUAACAUGAUUAUUGCUGUUGACAUCUUUGACAAGUCCAAUUUCACGGGAGCUAGAAUACCACGAUUUCACGAGAUUAAAGAAGAUUAUCCAAAAGACCUGGAGUCAUCUGUUGUCUUCCCUGAUACUUUAUUCAGACCUUCAGACAGGAAAGCAGUGCCUACAAUGAAGCCUUCAAAUCAAAAGUUGUCCUCCAAGGUGAACAGUGAUGCGCUAAGCCCUGAGAAUGCAUUCACAAAGAGAAAGAAGCGACACCCAGAUGACUCAACGCAUCAUACUGUUGCCAUGGUCAUUAUAUACCGAUCCCUGGGACACCUCCUGCCUGAAAACUAUGAUCCUGACCGAAGGAGCUUGAGAUUGCCAAAUCGCCCAAUUAUUAACACACCUGUAGUGAGCACAGCCAUUCACAGUGACAGGGAGCUUCCUCCCAACCUGGUGGAAAAGCCCAUCAUAGUGGAGUAUGCCAUGCUGGAAACGGAGGAGAGAACAAAGCCUGUCUGUGUCUUCUGGAAUCACUCCAUCACGAUUGGUGGGACAGGUGCCUGGUCCUCCAGAGGAUGUGAGUUGUUUUCCAGAAACCAGAGCCACAUUGCUUGCCAGUGCAACCAUAUAACCAGCUUUGCUGUCCUGAUGGACAUUUCAAAACGAGAGAAUGGGGAGGUGCUUCCUCUGAAGAUCGUCACUUACACAACCGUAUCCAUCUCGUUGGUGGCUUUGCUUUUCACCUUCAUCCUGCUGGUCCUGAUCCGCACGCUGCGUUCCAACUUGCACAGUAUCCACAAAAACCUGGUGGCUGCCCUUUUCUUCUCUGAGCUUGUCUUUCUUAUUGGAAUCAACCAGACUGAAAACCCGUUUGUGUGCACUGUGAUUGCCAUCCUCCUGCAUUAUUUCUACAUGAGCACCUUUGCCUGGAUGUUCGUGGAGCAGCUCCACAUCUACCGGAUGCUGACUGAAGUGAGGAACAUCAACUUCGGGCACAUGCGGUUCUACUACGUCGUUGGCUGGGGCGUUCCUGCCAUCAUAACAGGGCUUGCUGUUGGUCUGGAUCCACAAGGCUAUGGGAACCCCGAUUUCUGCUGGUUGUCUGUGCAUGACACCCUUAUCUGGAGUUUUGCUGGGCCCAUCGUAAUUGUUGUAGUUGUAAACACUGUCAUCUUUAUACUGGCAAUGAAAGCAUCGUGCAGACGAAGGCAACGUUCAUUCGAAAAAAAUGGAGUUGUCUCUGUGCUGCGAACGGCGUUCCUGCUCUUGCUGCUCAUCAGUGCCACGUGGCUGCUGGGGCUGAUGGCGGUGAACAGCGACGUCAUGACGUUUCACUAUCUCUUUGCCAUUUUCAGCUGCCUGCAGGGGCUGUUCAUUUUCUUCUUCCACUGCGUAUUUAAUAAAGAAGUCAGGAAGCACUUGAAGAACACUUUAACUGGAAAGAAACCUCUUCCAGAUGAUUCCACUGCAACAAGAGCUACGUUAUUAACUCGAUCUCUGAACUGUAACAACACAUACAUAGAAGAGCCAAAUAUGUAUCGCACAACUAUUGGGGAAUCCACUGUCUCCCUGGAAAGCACCGUCAGGGAUGAGGCUGCUCAUAAGCUCAGUGGAUCCUCAAGUCAAGCGAGGGCUGGUCAGACUGAAGCAGAUUCCUCCAUUUUUCAUAGGAAUCCAUCAAAAUCCAAUGAGCACGAUUCAGACUCCGACAGCGAACUGUCCCUCGAUGAACACAGCAGCUCGUACGCCUCCUCCCAUUCAUCAGACAGUGAGGAAGACGGGCUUGAGCCGGAGAAAAAGUGGAACACGUCCGCUUCCAAGAAUAAUGAACGUGGCCCUCUGCACAGCACACCCAAAGUCGAUACUGCUCCCAAUCAUGUGAAACCCUAUUGGCCCACAGAGUGCCUAACGGCCAGCGACGGCGAGGACCCCAGCGGGAAACAGAAACUCAAAGUCGAGACCAAGGUCAACGUAGAGCUUCACAGGGAGAACCAGGUGAACCACAGCAACGAAGCACCCCAGGACAAGGAGAACGAAGGGCAGCAGAAGGAGAACAGACCUCUGUCCCACCAGAAUAACCAGCAGCCGGAGCAGAGGAAAGGCAUCUUAAAAAAUAAAGUCACCUACCCUCCCCCGCUGGUCGAUAAAAAUAUGAAGAAUCGACUGCGGGAAAAGCUGUCAGAUUACAAUCAGACCACGGUCUCAUCCAGGACUGCUUCCCUGGGGACAAAUGAUGGGGUCCGCUCUCCCUCGGACUCGGGGGUGACAGUAAAAAACGCCCGGAGGGAGCAGUCUCGAGACCAGCUCAACGGCAUGGCCAUGAAUGUCCACGUGGGAACAGGACAGGCUGACACCUCAGACUCGGAAGGCAGUAACGAAACUUCAAUUUGAACCAUCAGGAAACUGUGA